UUGGGGAGUUUUACAGAGAACAUACUUGGACCCCUGCUACUUCCUGAAAGCUGCCAGCCGGCUGCUGGCUGCUGGCUGCUGGCUGCUGGCUGCUGGCUGCCAAGAGGGCUCGGGAGGCCGCCAGGAUGGGCCUGAGUCAUUUUAAACUCUGAGUGACCUUCUCAAAGGACCGACAGGACAUGAUGUGCCCUGUGAUGUGCACGGGAAGGCCUGUUGUAGGGGCACCGUGAUGCUGGACCCUGCAAGUAUGCCAGGGAACACCACCCUGGUGACCCGCCCUGUCCCUGUGCCUCUGUUCUCCAGCGUGGCCCCGGCGAACUGCACCAUGCCCUUUGAAGACAGCAGGGUGUUCGUGGUGAUGCUGUACUGUGUGGUGUGCACUCUGGGGCUGCCUGCCAACUGCCUGACGGGCUGGCUGGCCCUGGGGCAGGCCCUGCGGGGCAAUGUGCUGGCCGUGUACCUGUCCGGCCUGGCGCUGUGCGAGGGGCUGUACGCGGGCACGCUGCCGCUCUGGGCGCUGUACGUGCAGAACCAGCACCGCUGGACGCUGGGCCCAUGGGCCUGCAAGGUAACAGCCUACGUCUUCUUCUGCAAUCUCUACGUCAGCAUCCUGCUGCUGUGCUGCGUGUCCUUCGACCGCUUCAUGGCCGUGGUGUAUGCGCUGGAGAGCCGCGGCCGCCGGCAGCAGAAAACCGCCGUCCUCCUGUGCACAUUGGUCUUCCUCCUGGUCGGGCUGAUCCACUACCCCGUGUUUGACAUGGAGUACAGAGGCACCUGCUUCGAGACGGUGCCCAUGGACGGCCUGACCGCCGGCUACUACUACGCACGCUUUGCCGCGGGCUUCGCGGUGCCCCUGUCCAUCAUCGCCUUCACCAACCAGCGCGUGCUGAGGAGCGUGGAGCUGAGCGAGGGCCUGAGUGCCUCCUGCAAGGCCCACGUGAGGCGCACGGCCGCUGCGGUCGUGGGCAUCUUCCUUCUGUGCUUCGCACCCUACCACCUGCUGCUCCUGGUCAAAGCUGCCACCUUCUCCUAUUACAGAGGUGACUCCAGCUCCGUGUGCGCCUUCGAAGUCAGACUGUGCACGGUGUCCGUGGUGUCCCUCUGCCUGUCCACAGUGAGCAGCGUGGCCGACCCCAUCAUCUACGUGCUGGCCACGGACCACUCACGCCAAGAGGUGUCCAGAAUCCACAGGGAGUGGAAAAAGUGGCGUGCCAAGACCGAUGUCACCAAGCUCGCCUGCUCCAAGGACACGGAGGAGGAGGGCUUACCUACAUCGCUCGCAAAUGACUACGUGCUCCCCAGGCCUGUCCAGCCCCCAGGGCCACAGCCAGGCUCUUGGGCCUCCCCGUGCAGCCUGGAGAGGCUCGGGGAGGAGUCCUGCUGAAUCCGCCAGCCAGAGUCCCCAGCGCUGGCUGUGAAGGCCGCUCUGGAAGACAUGCCACUGAUUUCUCAUGAGCCCCUGCCCCUUGGGUUCUGGCCCCCCAGCCGUGCCCAUGGGGCCUCACACGGCAGGUGGCAGCAUGACCAGGGAAAGGUGACUGUCCCAGGCUGCAGGGAGGCCCCUUCAACCACGGUUUGUCCUGGCCAGAUCACUUGGCUGUUGGCAAACAGCAGGGCUGUUGGCAGAGGCCACGUGCCCGCCUGCUGCUGCCUGCAGCUGGCACAUGCCAUGCUCGGGGAGGUGCCUGGUCAGCACCCGUGCUGAUGACUUUAUUUCCAGAGCUUUGCUGUGGGCGUUGCUUGGAUGACUGUGAGAGGGCUUUUGUGUUUCUGCCUUAGAACAUCUGCAAACCGCACACCUUCAUGCGUGCCUGGGCACUGUGGGGGCCCUGGGCUGGGCUGGGCUCUGUGCCAAGCAGGUCUGAUGCUGAAGGCCACCUUGGACCUCUCGGGGUAGCUGUGGGGUGGGUACCAGCGGCUCUGACUUCCAGCAGGGCAGUCCACGUGCUGCCUAUCAGGAACGUGUUUUCAGGAAUACCAUCAGCUGGAAAUGCCGGGGGACCCCAGGAAGGGUGACAGCUGCCAAGGAGGCUCAGAGAAUGGUGGCAGUCCUUUGUUCCAAAGCCUCCUGGAUCGUUGUUGAGGAGGCAGCUGAGGGCUCGGAACAGGGUGAAUCAGGAACAAGCAGGUGACGGACCCUCAGCCUCCAGCCCUCACCAAUGCGUGACAGAGUACAGGACUGGGUCUGCUACGUUACCAUGAGCAAGCGGGCUCCCUGGGAACUGUACAACUCAGACGCAGAUCCUGGCUGUCCCCCUGACACGCCUUUCCUGGGCCAGGUCAUGUCGCCACUAUUGCCUCAGGUACUUCACACACACUUGCACAGAGAUGGAGACAGGGCACCAGGACGGAGGGGCCCAGGCACCCCCGGGCACAUUCAGGCUUUGUUGUCCAGCCUGCAGGCUGCUGUGUAAAUGGUGUCCUCAUUUCUGUGCGGUGGCCGCUCACUGUGUUCUCCACGACAGACACUGAGAACACACAUAUAGAAACGAGCUUCAGAAAUA